GCCGGAGCGGCGGCGCAGACGGGGAAUCUGCCAUGUCCAACCUCCCGCCUCCAGCAGCGGACAGGAAUUGUUUCUACAUCCUGACAGAGGACUGUGCCUAUGGAAGCAAAUACUUCCAAGCUGGGAAUUUGUGCUUCUGCAGCGAGAGGAGCUACCUGCGGAAUUUUUCCGAGGAUGGGCCUCCAGCUUGCUUCCUGAAGGUCGUCAUGCUGGACGACAGCUCCACGGUCACCAUCAACCUGGAAAUCCUGCAGCCCCUGCACCAGGAGGCUGCCAGAUUCCUCCUGGCCAUCGGGAGCCACAGCGAGCGCUUGGAAUUUUUCCUGGAGAGGCUGAGCCUGGAAGGAGCUCUCCGAGCCGUGCCGGGUCAAAACGUCAUGGUGGAGGUGGAGAGGGAAUUUUUCCCGGGAGUCGUGCGCUACGUCGGGAGCAUCUACAAGCCCAGCUUGGCUGUGCUGACUCCGGUGUUUUUCGGGGUGGAAUUGCAGGGAGAGGGGGAAAACAGAGGGAGAAGCGACGGGUCCUACCACGGCACCGAGUACUUCAAGUGCAAGAGGAACUGUGGGGUCUUCCUGCCCUUCAGCAAAAUCCAGUUUAUUCCCACAUCAGGCAACGAUUAUGGGAAGCAGAAGCCGGGAAAGCAGGACACGGAGGAGGUGGUUCCCGUGAAAGUGGGAGAUGCCGUCAGCUUCCUCGUGGAUGAGAUCCCCACCAAAGGAAUUGCCAUGGCAGUUUACAGGGAAGGGAGCCAGUGGUUCGUGAAGGUUUGCCCGGAAGAAGAAGGAACGACUGACAUUUUCAGGGAAAUCCCCAUGGAAUCUGUUGUGAAGGAGAGCUUGCAAAGUUUUUUCCCAACAUUCAACUCCGACGCGGGCUUUGGGAAACCAAACCCAAUGAAACGAGAGAUCAGCGAGAGCAGCGAGGAGGGGGAAGGUGGGAAUUCACCCUUGGAAGUGAAUUCCAUGGUCCAGAUUACCUUGGACAAAGGGAAUCAAGUUUCAGGAAUCAUCCGCUGGCUGGGCUUCCUGCCCCAAAUCAAGGACAAAAUGGCUGGAGUGGAACUGGAUGAAGACAAGGGGGUCACAGCUGGAGAGUGGCUGGGCAAGUCCUACUUCCACUGCGCCCCGAAGCGCGGGAUCUUCGUGAGGCUGAACUCCUGCCAGCCCGACGUGCGCUUCCAGAGCUUUCCCAGCUCCGACCUCUCCCUCGGGGAUUACAGAGGACAAGAAGUUCUUCCAGAGGGUCCAGAGAGUUUUCCUCCCCUCAGGAAUGAGGCAGCAGUCCGUGUUCUCCAAGGGCGGAUGAAGGGCAUCCAAGGCCACUGUAAUUCCUGCUACAUGGAUGCAGCUCUCUUCAGCCUCUUCUCCUGUACCUCCGUGCUGGACUCCAUGCUCUUCAUGCCCUUCCCACUGUGUGACAGGAAUGUCCAGGGAAUUCUGCGGGAUGAGAUUGUCAAUCCCCUCCGUAGGACUGGCUUUGUCAGGGCCAGCAGUGUGAUGCACCUCCGGGAGCAGCUCACGGACAAGGGCCAGUGCUCCAGCUUUACCAAUGCUGAGAAAGAUCCUGAGGAGUUCCUCAAUCUCAUAAUGCAGCAGAUCCUGGGAAUUGAGCCACUUUUGAAACUCCAGUCAGGAGGCCAGAAGGAGCAGGAAUGUUACUGCUACCAGAUAUUUAUGGAUAAACAGGAGGAUCUGGUGGUUCCCGACGUACAGCAGUUGGUGGAACGCUCCUUCCUCUCCUCAGAUCUGAAGCUGGUGGAGAUCCCAUCUUGCUUCAUUAUCCAAAUGCCACGUUUUGGGAAGGAAUAUAAAAUGUUCAGCAAAAUCAUCCCUUCUUUGGAGCUGGAUAUAACAGAUCUGCUGCUGGACAGUCCCAGGGAAUGCUGCCUGUGUGGAGAUGUUGCCACUCUGGAAUGCUCGGAGUGCUUCAAGGACAAGGUGUUCGCAGCCAGGGGCCUGAAGCAGUUCUGCAGCUCCUGCUCCAGACAGGUUCACUCCCAUCGCCGCCGCAAAGCGCACAAACCCAGGAGGCUGCACAUUCCAGAGGAAUUCCAGAGCUGGAGCGCCCGGGGCUGCCAGCAGGUGCCACGGGAGAAGCUGGAGCUGUUUGCAGUGCUCUGCAUCGAGACCAGUCACUACGUGUCCUUCGUGAAGUACGGCCCUGCCAACGAGCACUGGAUGUUCUUCGACAGCAUGGCCGACCGGCACGGUGGUGAAAACGGCUUCAACAUCCCCACGGUGACGCUGUGCCCGGAAGUUGCCAAAUACCUGGACUUGCCCCUGGCUGUGCUGGCCCUGGAGCAGCCUCGGGACAUGGAUGGGGUGGCCAAACGCCUCUUUUGUGACGCCUACAUGUACCUGUACCAGAGCAGGAAAAUGGCACUUUACAAGUGACACCGUCAGCAAUGGGAGCUUGGAUCAUCCCAGAAGGAUGGAACUGGAAGCAGCCGAGCCUGGAUGCUCUGAGCUGCCUCUUCUCGCCUCUCUUGGUGUCAAAUUAUCCAAGACAGGCUGGGUUUGUUGAAUCCUGGCUUUAUCCAGUGGUGGUUGGGCGUUGGGCUCAGCUGGACGUGGAGUUAUUGAUGCUCAAAUUCGUUCUCAUUCCCCACAUUCCAUAAUUUUCCCUCUCUGGGUACUCUGCAGCUGGAGCAUCCCCACAUCUUUGUUUCCCUGCCAUCCUUUCCCUCCAAAGCUGGGGACCAGCAGAAUUCAAAACACAAGGAAUUAUCCACAGGUUUACCAGGAAACCACAACCUUUCCUAAGACAUCCUCACCUGGAUUUGUGGAGUGAGGAAAAUCAGGUCAGGAUCCAUUUUCCUCACCUCAAUUCCCUGCACUUCCCUUAUCCAGCACAAACUGUCACUUUUACCCACCAUCCCUAAUUUCCGAUCACAGACAUCCUGAGCUGAAGCUAUGCUUUAAAAACAGAUUUUUUUUCCAAGAACAAAACUGGGAGGAGGAUGGGAGCAGAGGAGCAACAUCUGGGCUCCUGCUGCUUUCUCCUCUUGGCAAAAUCUGCACAGGAUUCAGUGUUACAUCCUCACUUUUAGCACUUUCUGUCCCAUCUUUGCAUCCACUUCCAAGUCUGCACAGGAUUCAGUGUUAGAUCCUCACUUUUAGCACUUUCUGUCCCAUCUUUGCAUCCACUUCCAAGUUCUGGGGUCAAAGACCAGAAUUCCAGGGGCAAAAAUCGAAAAAAAAAAAAAAAAA